GCCAGUAACAAGUGUGGUUCAGAUGUGUUAAAUAGGCGUUGCAAACCCUUUCAAGCUCAUCGAACUAUCAACAAAAUACUUCAAACUCUUUUAAUUCAUGGCGAACAAUGGAUCCAUUGAUUACCUCAUGUUGCCUUCAUUCACGAAGAAGUUUUCCGAAGAUACUAGUUUGAAUGAGUUGGAAAAUUGUUGGGGUGUUCUGUUUUUUGGUUUUUAUGCCACUUGUUUGAGACUGAGUAGUUCAGUGUUUAUUCAUUGUAUUUGUAGCGUAUCCCACCUGAAUUUGUGGCUCUUCAUGGAGCGGAUCUCCCAUUCGACUGUCGUCUAAUCACGGCGAGAGGAAGGAUGGGUUGGCCAGUUCAUCUUGUGAAGAUCGCGAGUGGUUGCCAUUUCCACGCUGGGUGGUCCGACUUUAGGAUUAUCAGCGACAUUGUUCACGAUGACGUGCUUACAUUCACUAUGGUCGACGCGGGCAUUUUCCAUGUGAAGCGCUAUAACCCGAGAACCGAAUGCCCUCGACUCGGAGAUGUACAACCAUUGGAUAUGGAGACUCCGACCACAGUGAUGUCCCGGAUGAGGACACUUCAGAUGACUAUGUGCCAACGGAGUCGGAGGGUAGCAACUCAACCGAUGAUGAAGACUAUGCUCCGGAUGCAGGGGUUGUAGAUGUAGAUGGCUAUCCGACCUUUACCGUUACCCUUGAUAGGUCGAACAUCAAUCGCACGCUUGAGAUUACAAUGGCUUUUUGGCGCCGCCACAUCCGAAUGAUUUCCCUUCAAGACCUGGUUUACUUCAAUGUAAACGGAGAUAGUUGGUACAUCACUCUCGAGCACAACGACAACAAGAUACGGGUGAAACGCGGCUGGAGACGCUUCAAAGAAUGUAACAAUCUUGUGGUUGGUGUGCGGUGCCACUUCAAACUCAUUGAUCGGAAUGAAGUAUAGUUUUAUGUGUGGUUUGAUCGGCCUUAAGGGUUCGUUUCAGUGGCUCGGAAUUGUAGCGUCUAUAUAACUUAUUUCUGGUUUGUUUUAUCUAUGCUGCGGCGUGUUGUUCAGGUGAUUAUAUGUCACCAAAUUUUCAAUGAUCGGCUUGUUAUUAUAUUAGUUUGGUAGGUGUCUAUGUAAGUGGUGCUACUAGUGAUUGUUUUGCUU